AAUUAUUCUUCGAUUUUCUUAAUUUUUAGAAAGUUGUUUCGUUAAUAUUCUGCAUUAAGUUUCACUAAAUGAAUUUAGCAUGAAACGAAAAUCUCAAGAAGGCAACAAACCGGCGUUUGUGAGACGAAAGGUGGAAUUAGUUUUCGACCCAGAAAAGAGAGCAGAGUUCCUAACUGGGUUUCACAAGCGAAAGCUACAGCGCAAAAAGGUUGCACAAAAUAAGGCCCAACGACAACUGAAAGAGGAAGCUCGUAGAAUCAGGGCAGAGGCAAAAAACAAUGUAAAAAAGUUGUACCAUUCUUACAAACCUAUUCCAGAACUGUCGGAACAGGACAAAGAGGAGGAAGAAUAUGACACGGGAAAUGUAACGGUUAAAGUUGUCGAAUUAUCCACAACUGAAUUGGCUAAAGAGAACAAUUGGAUCGGUGAAAAUCACAAUACUGUGCAACAAAGUGAUACAGAAUGUUCAGAUGAUUCCUGUGAUGAGAUUGACUUAGAGACCAUUCCUGGUAUGUCAUUAACUCAAGAAACGACGAAAAAAUCAAAGAAAAAAGAACUAGAUGAAACAGAGCAUGACGAUAGUGUUGAAAACGGAAAACAAACCGAAAAUGAUAAGUCUAAACAACGGGGUCCGCAGUUGAAUCUGGAAGGUAUUCGAUCGAAAAAAGACCUGAAUCGAAAACUCAAGCGGCACGCGCGGAAAUCUAUGCAGAAGAGCAAGGCAUUUCAACAGUCAGUUCGAGCGCAGCAGCAGAAGCAACAGAAAAAGUCUCGCCGAGUGAAGCACUUUAAAGAAAAACAUCUUAAACGCAAAGGCAAACUAGGUGACGGUAAGAAUGCCGAGAAAAAAGGAAGGAGGAAAUAGCUUAGUUUUGAUUUAAAA